AUGUCUAUCGGACGAUACAUCUGCAGAAAACGACGAUUUUUGAAAAUAGUUCAGUUUUUCAUACUCUUCUUUUUCUUUCGAGUUAUCCAGAUUUCUUUCUUCACAACAAAUGAGUUUGACGGCAACAGCAUUGUCUUUAUCAAAGAAUUUAAUAAAACGUUUCAGAAAGAGAGUAAACGCUUGAACACAUUUCAGAAUCCUAGUUUAGACAGCACCAAUCACGCGGAUCUCUACACAUACGAUCUGCCAGAUAUAACUAGCUAUGAAUUUGUAAGUGGCAAGCGAUUCAAGGAAUACGUUAUACCCGUUAAGGACGAAAAAGUUGCGUAUGGGCCGAAUUUAGAUCCACUUGAAGUUUUGCUUAUACCGUUUUCUCACGUAGAUCCGGGAUAUGGACUUACGCUGGAGAAUUAUUAUCAAAGAAUGUCAAAACACACACUCAAUAACAUGGUGACAAAAUUGGAACAGUAUUCAGAUUUGACAUUUCAAUGGGCGGAAACAAUAUUUUUAGAACGAUGGUGGAGAGAUAUAUCUGACGAUAUGAAAACACGAGUGCGCGCACUAAUACAAAAUGGCCGCCUUGAAAUUCUCUCUGGCGGAUGGGUAAUGCCUGAUGAGGCUGUAACACAUUAUUCCCCAGUCAUAGAUCAGCUUAUUGAAGGCCAUCAGUGGUUAUGGGAAAACCUUGGCGUAAUGCCAAAAAAUAAUUGGGCGAAUGAUCCAUUUGGCUACUCUAGUACAUAUCCAUACAUUUGGAAAAAGUCGGGUAUGGAAAAUAUGGUAAUUUUACGAAUAAAUCAAGCAAUUAAGGCAACUCUGAUGAAAAAACAGGCGUUAGAAUUUAUUUGGAAACCACUCUGGAGUACAAAUUCAUCUAACGACAUAUUAUGCCAUCUGAUGCCUUACCGCGGAUAUUGGAUAGGAGAUACAUGUGGUCCGUAUAAUCAACAUAUCUGCCGAGAAUAUGCUUUCAUGCACACAAAUCCUAAAGACAAGGUGGUAUUUGUGACUGAGCAAAAUGUGGCAGAGAGAGCACGAAUUUUGUACGAGCAGUAUAGAAUUACAGCAGAGGUGUACAGGAGAGACAACCUAAAUGCUAAAAACGAAUCAGUUUCACAGAAUUUGUAUCUCCCGAUCUUUCUUGGUGAAGACUUUUCAUACGUUCAUGGGAAAGACUAUGAUCUUAUAUAUGACAAUUAUAAAAGACUGUUCAAAUAUAUGAAUGCAAAACGAGAAUGGAAUAUCAACCUAAAAUUUGGGACUAUAGCUGAAUAUUUUGAGAAAAUUAAAGCUAAUCAGGAAAAAAGAACUGCUGAAGAUGGUAGCAGAUUUUCAAAGCUGUCAGGAGAUUUCCUUCCCUACACAGAUUAUCAGAAUGAUUAUUGGACAGGAUAUUACAGUACACGCCCAUUCAUCAAACAUUUGUCACGUGAGCUACAGAAUACUUUGAAAAUGGCAGACAUAUUCCACUCUUACGCCCAUGCACAUGCGCAAACCAGUGGCAGUGCGUACAGCUCAUAUGCGGAAGUGACGGCACUUUUACGUGAUGCGAGACGUGACUUAGGAAUGUUUCUUCAUCACGACGGAAUUACCGGUACAUCUGUCCUUCCGGUUAUUCAAGAUUUUCGCCUGAAAAUCUUUGUCGCUCUCUCUAAAGCAAAACGUGCCAUGAAACUAAUUACUGCUCAACUAUUAACGCUUGGUAACUUACCUGGACUUGACGUUUUCAAAGACACAAUAAAGCGAUCAUCAAUGACAUCAAUACCGGAGUAUGAAAUAAUGAACUUAUCUACUAAUUUUAAAGUAGGUGGAUCGUUUUUAGUUGUGGCCAAUCCUUCGGUUAGAAAACGCAGAGACGUUGUAAGCUUUGCCGCAAAGUCGAAGGACAAAUAUACAUUCAUCUCAUCUGCACACGGAUCCGUGGAAUUCCAAACACAGGCUAUCAAUGAUGACACUCAUCGUUAUUUAUUUUCUGUUGAAUUGCCACCUCUUAGUAUUAAGACAUUUCGUAUCGAAGCAUUCAAAACGAAAAAAGAUAUGAAUGCUACAUAUGAAGAGGAUGUGGUUUUGAAACAACCGGAGAUUAACAUCCAAAAUGAAAUUCACGCUGGCGAUAGAGAUAAAUUAUUUCUUGAAAACACAUAUCUAUAUGUCGAAAUAGACAAUGACUCUGGUUUUCCGAAAAGAAUGAAAAUUAAAGAUGAUGAGGAUUCUGAAAUAGAUGUAUUCACGCAAGUAUUAGCUUACAGCUCAUUGCGAAGUGGUGCAUAUAUAUUUGCCCCCGAUGGUAAUGCUAAACAGUAUUUAUAUAGUAAGCCAGCUAUUGUUGUAAGUAAAGGACCAGUUGUUUCUGAGAUUAAAAGUAUUUACGCAAGCUUUAUGCUGAUUACUAGAGUAUACAAUGUUACUGGGAUAAAAGGCAUGGGUGUACAUAUUACCACUGAAUUCGACAUGACAAAAGAAAGAAAAAGCUUGAACAAAGAACUCGUAUUAAGAUUUCAGACCAGUGUCGAUAACAGAAAUAUAUUUUAUACAGAUCAAAAUAGUUUUCAACUUAUUGGAAGGAAAACACGCGCAAACCGUUUAAUAGAGGAAAAUUAUUAUCCGAUCACGUCGAUGAUGGUGAUUGAAGACAGUAAAAAGCGAUUGACUCUUCAUACAGCACAGCCACAUGGUGCUGCAAGUCUCAGAAACGGGUGGAUGGAAGUGAUGUUAGAUAGAAGAGUUACACGAGAUGACGAUAAAGGCUUAGGGCAAGGUGUUACGGAUAAUGUUUUAACUGUUGCCAAUUUUGUUCUCCAAGUUGACACUAGAACAAGAGAUCACAACGAGCUUCAAGAAUUCAGAUACACAUUUCCAUCUGAAUCAAAUCUCUUAAUGAAUGAAAUAUUAAAUGAACCUACUUAUAGUUUAUUUGUGGAAGAAGGGAAGAGAUUCAGGGAAUUUGACUUAAACGAAGAAGUUCUAGAAUUUUCCACGUUCAAAGACUCUUUACCAUGUGGUGUUUUAGUUGCAGGAAUGCGCAUUCUUGCCAAGUCAGAUCUUACGUAUAAUGGAACUAGUUUAGUUUUACACUACAAACCUACAUUAUCUGGGCUAAAAGAGAACAUAGUAUGUGGCAAUCGAGUCGAUGAUAUAACACUAAGACAUAUGUACCCUGGUAUAAGGAUAAAAAGUGCAAAAGAAACUUCACUGACCCAUUUACACGAAUUUGGAGAAACUGACUUGGAAGAUAAUUUGAGACCGGCAGACAUGGAGUUGAGAUCAUUUAAAUUAAUGUUUUAA